ACUCCCGGUGCAAUCAUAACAAUCAAAUCGCCUCGAACUGUCCAACAGUCAAGGGCUCGUCUGCCUGUAUCAAUUCAGCCAGAGUCAGCUAGAGAUAUACCCGAAUGACGUUACGCGAAAAAGUCCCCGAGAUGAUCCAGCGCAAGUACUCGGUGUCGCACUCGGGAAAAUUCAAAUCACGACCCAAAAUUCGUCCAUCACUCAGUGGAGAUCUGUUUCGACCAAGCGUUGAUGGCCAGACACAAAAUGAUUUUGAUAGCAAAAGUGAAUGUGAAAGCUACCCUAGACAGCAGUCUUGUAAGCCGAAUCAAGAUUCUAUUGACAACGGAACUGGCAAAAAAUAUGGUGAAAUAAGACCGAAAGCCGGAUCAACAUCCGAAGCAGGACAUCGAGACGCCCCUGGAGUGAUGCAGCUUCCUGACGAGAGGAGGUAAUACUUAAAGGAGUGUAAUCCAUCCAAUCGUUUCGCUCUCCUAUCCAAUCGAGACUUGAUAUUGAUUGCUGCGAAACGACACAUGUUCCUUAUCUGUGAUGUAAUUUUUUCUACGAUUAACUAUAACACGAUUUCGGGCGUAUUGGUUUAAGUUACCCGUAGAAAAGUUUGUUCUACUAAGUGUUUGCUUUCGGAUAACGAAAGAUUGCAAACAAAACUGCAUUGAUAAGUUGUGCACUUGAGAAGAGCGAUUUUUGUGGAAGAUAUUGCACAGUGACAAUCUGUUGUGAGAUAGACGAAAACACUUGAAUUCAGUGAA